CAAAAGAAAGCACACUGCUUCUCUCUCUUUUUCUCUUUGUUUUUUUCUCUUGCUUCCCAUUUCACCUUCCUUUUUCAUAGCCAUUUAUUAGAUUCCUCUCAAUUAGUCUUUUUCUUUAAAAUUUUUUUUUUCUCUCCAUUAGAUUGUGCAGAUGCCUAGCUGAAAUACCCGUCUCUAAAAUCUUUUCAUUUCUUUUUUUUUUGGCUUGUUUUUAUUGCUUUUUUUUUUUAAUUUCUGUUUCUUGGACUGAGAAAAUAGACAUAAAACUCUUCUGGGUCAUUUUCAUUUUUUGGCUUUUGCUUUGUUCUGCAAACUAAAGUAGCUCUCUGGGUUGUUGCAGAAAAGCCUUUAAUUCCCAGUUGAAUAUGUCUUAUAAAGCUUGAAGAAACCAACCAAAUUUAUAUAAAAUGUUUUCAAAUUUCAGUCAAAGUUUUUGUCAAUCAUAAAUUUUUCUUUUUUUUUCUCUGUUAUUUUCAAAAUUUUUCUUUUUUCUUUUUAAUUUUUUUUCCUCCCUUGGGCAAGAGAGAAAGACAUGGGCAAGCAAGGGCCUUGCUAUCACUGUGGAGUUACUAGCACUCCUCUUUGGCGCAAUGGACCUCCUGAGAAGCCAGUAUUGUGCAAUGCAUGUGGGUCACGGUGGAGGACUAAAGGGACACUUGCAAACUAUACCCCACUUCAUGCCAGGGUUGAACCUGAUUAUUAUGAGGAUCAUGGGACUUCCAGAGUGAAGAGCAUAUCUAUAAAUAAGAACAAAGAAAUAAAACUGCUGAAAAGAAAGCCAAAUCACGAUAUAGCAGUUAUUGCCGCUGAUUACAACCAGGGUUUCCAUAAGAUUGUGGAUGAAGAUACUAGUAAUAGGUCAAGUUCUGGAUCAGCAAUAUCUAAUUCUGAAAGCUGUGCCCAAUUUGGCAGUGCAGAUGCUAGUGACUUGACAGGGCCUGCUCAAUCUAAUGUGUGGGACUCAAUGGUACCUUCUAAGAAAAGAACAUGUGUAAAUCGUCCAAAGCCAUCUUCAGUCGAGAAACUUACAAAAGAUUUAUAUACUAUUUUACAUGAACAACAGUCUUCAUAUUUCUCUGGAUCUUCUGAGGAGGAUUUGCUUCUUGAGAGUGACACACCCAUGGUUUCUGUUGAGAUUGGACAUGGAAGCAUUCUAAUUAGACAUCCAAGCUCAAUAGCUCGAGAAGAGGAAUCGGAGGCUAGCUCCCUCUCAGUUGAAAACAAACAAUAUUCAAUGAAUGAGGCUUAUUCACAUUCUUCAAGCUUCCCUGCAUAUAAUGAUAGCAAGGGCAUCAAAUUUUCUGGACUUGGAAUUGAAAGGGCUAAGAACCCUGCUGGACAAGGGAUGCAGCAUGAGCAACUUAAGAGGGACAAGGCUCAGCAUGAAAAAUCACUACUGCUGGAAAGUCAGAAUUCACCACUGUGUAACAUAGAUUUGAAUGAUAUUCUCAACUUUGAGGAGUUUGUGAAACUUUUAACAAAUGAGGAACAGCAGCAGUUACUGCAGUAUCUGCCUCCACUUGACAUUGCCAAACUCCCUGAUAGCCUCAAAAACAUGUUUAAAAGCCCCCAAUUCAAGGAGAAUUUAUGUUACUUUCAGCAACUGCUUGAGGAAGGGAUCUUUAAUAUCUCUGCCCAAGGGGUGAAACCUGAAGACUGUAAGACUUUGAAAAGACUUGCAUUAUUCAACCUGAUGAAAUCCCAAUGGGUGGAACGCCAUCACGUACUGAAGUUGCAGAAAUGUAUUAGUAUUGGAGGGUCUGUGACUGCUAGAAGACCAAAUGCCAUUACAUCUAAUAAUUUGGUGGUUAUGAAGAGAUCAUGCGACAGCCAAAGUCAAAAUUUUCCAGAAGCAAGGACUUUAAAGAGCCCCAAACAGGUGAUGACAAAGGCUACUUAUGAAAACAAAGAACUCAUAGACAAUGAUGGUUCUUGCUUUAGUCCAAGAAGCCUAUUUGCCUUGCCUCCUGAUGGUAGCUCUCUUGUGCUGGAUUCUCUCCAUUUUGUCGAUGAAAGUUCUGACCAAGAUUUGCUGCUGGAUGUACCAUCCAAUGGCUCAUUCCCACAGGCAGAACUGCUUCACCCUACUAUAAGUUUUGGGCAACAGGCAAGCGCUAGCAGUAGCUCAGCACACCCACAUCCUGUCCAUCCCUAGCAGUGGUUGUUAAUUACUAGAACUAUAAAGGUCUGCUUCUUCUGCAAGAUCCCUUGAGUGGGGUCGACCUAUUUUGCAUGCCAAACACCAAAGUCUGUGAAUGAGGUUUGAUGGUUGAUCUUUUUUACCCUCAACCUUUCCAAACUUGGAAUGCUAAGGGAUGAAUUCCAGGUGGGUUUUUUUUGUAUAGGUUGACAACAGAUUGUAAUAUAUAGCUCAAAAAAUGCAGAAGAGGUGGUAAUUUCCAGAGUUUUGUAUGCAAAUGUAGUUUAUGCAUGGAAACAUAAUUUUAUAUAUCUCCUUGGUCAAUUUGAGUCUUAUCCCCUUCG